GCUGUUUAGGGGGAGGUUUGAGUCUGUGUGCAUAGAUGAGUCUGUGUGGCUAGACUUGCCUGCGUGAUUUUUUCGGCCGCCGCGCAUGGCGAGGGAUCUGAUCGGGCCGGCACUGCCGCCCGGCUUCAAGGCCCUCGGGACCGCGGAGGGCGAGGAGCGGGACGCCAGCCCCGUUGCAGGACCAGCUCUACCACCUGAUUAUAAAAGCAGUAGUUCAGAGUCAUCAGACAGCGAUGAGGACAGUUCUUUGUACGAAGAAGGAAAUCAAGAAUCUGAAGAAGAUGACACUGGUCCACCUGCAAGAAAACAGAGGAGAAAUCAAGAUGAUGAUGAUGAUGAUGAUGAUGAAGGAUUUUUUGGACCAGCCCUUCCUCCUGGAUUUAAAAAGCAGGAUGAUUCUCCUCCAAGGCCUAUGAUAGGUCCUGCAUUACCACCUGGUUUCAUUAAAUCUACUCAGAAAAGUGACAAAGGCAGAGAUGAUCCAGGACACCAAGUAUCAUCGUGUUUCAACUCUGAGGAAACAAAUAGCAGUGACGAUGAGGACAUUGUUGGACCAAUGCCUGCGAAAGGACCAGUUAACUAUAGUAUAACAACAGAGUUCGAAAAAAGGGCCCAGAGAAUGAAAGAGAAACUGACUAAAGGAGAUGAUGAUUCAGCCAAACCAAUUACAAGGGAGUCGUGGAUGACUGAGCUUCCUCCGGAACUGAAAGCCUUUGGUCUUGGGCCCAGAACUUUUAAGAAGAGAACCGAUGACAAAUCUGGAGAUCGAUCAGUCUGGACAGAUACUCCAGCUGACAGGGAAAGGAAGGCCAAGGUGAAAGAGACACGAGAAGCAAGGAAGUCAUCCAGUAAGCAGGUUGAAGAACAUGUCUUGUCAGGAAGGGAGAAACGAUUGGCUGAGCAGGUGUCCUCAUACAAUGAAUCAAAAAGAUCAGAAUCUCUUAUGGACAUUCAUCAAAAAAAAAUAAAGAAUAAGGCUGCUGAAGAUAAAAAUAAGCCCCAAGAAAGAAUACCAUUUGACCGUGAUAAGGAUCUCAAGGUUCAUCGGUUUGAUGAAGCUCAGAAAAAAGCCCUAAUAAAAAGGUCUAGAGAAUUAAACACAAGAUUUUCACAUGGCAAAGGCAAUAUGUUUUUAUAAGGGGAUCUCUCUGUGCAAUGAAGAUCAGUUGAAGAAUACUUUUUAUCUGUCUGUCCACUUUAUUCCUUCAUUCUAAAUUUCUUAAGACUAGAGAUUACUUUAGUCUUAAAAACCAUAUAAACUCACCUUGUUCUGUGACCUGUAAAGUCACACAGAAACAUAAAAUUGGUGUUUCUUAUGUAGAAUAGGUUAUGUCUUUGGCUUCUGAGAAAGUGUGGGCUUUUCUUCAACUAAUUAUUCUGAGGAUUCCCCCUGCCACGCCUUAAUUUUUGUGAUGUCUCACAAGUGUUCCCUCAGACCUGGUCAGGACUGUCCACUGAAUCUCUGCCACAGCCUGGACCUCUCCCUCAGAUGUACCAGCCUGCCCUGGAGCCAGUGUGCCAGGUCCUGCCAGUCAGUCCGGGACUUUGAAAUUGUUCAGGUAUUCCCUUUCAACUGCAGCUGGUGAAUACAGAAGAUUCAGAGCUUUGACUGUUUCAUAAAUGGUUUGCUUGUUUGGGCAAACCAGGGCUUUUUAUUUGUUGUUUGGGGGGGGUUGUUUUUUGGUGUGUUUGGGGUUUUUUGUUUAUUUGU